CCGUCUCCCUCUAAAACGACCCCGCGCGCAGCCACCCCACCGCGGCGACGGAAUCCCGCCCGCACGCCACCGCCAAGCCAUGGGCAAGAUGAGGAUGCCCGUGCCCUCCCUGUUCCGCCUCGGCCGCCGCUCCAAGUCUCCGCCGCCGCCGCCGCAGCAGCAGGCCCAAGCCGCCGGGUCCCCGCCGCGGACGGCGGAGGAGGAGAUGGCGCGGGUGUUCCGCAAGUUCGACGCCAACGGCGACGGCCGGAUCUCGCGGUCCGAGCUCGCGGCCCUGUUCGAGAGCCUGGGCCACGCCGCCUCCGACGACGAGCUGGCGCGCAUGAUGGCCGAGGCGGACGCCGACGGCGACGGCUUCAUCAGCCUCGACGAGUUCGCCGCCCUCAACGCCACCGUCGCGGGCGACGCCGCCGCCGUCGAGGAGGACCUGCGCCACGCCUUCCGCGUCUUCGACGCCGACGGCAACGGCACCAUCUCCGCCGCCGAGCUCGCGCGCGUGCUCCGGGGGCUCGGCGAGUCCGCCUCCGUCGCCCAGUGCAGGCGCAUGAUCGAGGGCGUCGACCAGAACGGCGACGGCCUCAUCUCCUUCGAGGAGUUCAAGGUCAUGAUGGCCGGGGGCGGAUGCUUCGCCAAGAUCGCAUAGGUGCUUGGUUCUCCGCCGAAUCCGCUCCACCGGCUCUUCAUCCCUAUCUCUCUUUUUCUUCUGUCCCCCCCUUUGACUAUCCGAGCGUGCCGUGUGCGGGUUUAUCAAGUGUAUAUAGAAGCAACGAUUAUUGCUAGCGUUAGAUUCUUUCUACUAAUAAUUGGGAAUCGCGAAUUUCUAGUACC